GUGGUGUCGGGUUUGACAUCAACUGUGAUGUCCGCUUGCUAAGAACCAAUUUAGAUGAAAGUGAUGUCCAGCCUGUGAAGGAGCAGCUUGCCCAAGCUAUGUUUGACCACAUUCCUGUUGGGGUGGGAUGAAAAGGUGUCAUCCCAAUGAAUGCCAAAGACUUGGAGGAGGCCUUGGAGAUGGGGGUGGACUGGUCCUUAAGAGAAGGGUAUGCCUGGGCUGAAGACAAGGAGCACUGCGAGGAGUACGGAAGGAUGCUGCAAGCUGACCCCAAUAAGGUUUCUGCAAGAGCUAAGAAAAGAGGCCUUCCUCAGUUGGGGACCCUGGGAGCAGGCAGCCAUUAUGCAGAAAUCCAGGUUGUGGAUGAGAUUUUCAAUGAGUACGCUGCUAAAAAAAUGGGCAUCGACCAUAAGGGACAGAUGUGUGUGAUGAUCCACAGUGGAAGCAGAGGCUUGGGCCACCAAGUAGCCACAGAUGCACUGGUAGCUAUGGAGAAGGCCAUGAAGAGAGACAAGAUUACAGUCAAUGGUCGGCAGUUGGCUUGUGCUCGAAUCGCUUCGCCAGAAGGUCAGGACUACCUGAAGGGAAUGGCAGCAGCUGGGAACUAUGCCUGGGUCAACCGGUCUUCCAUGACCUUCUUAACCCGUCAGGCUUUUGCCAAGGUCUUCAGCACAACCCCUGAUGACUUGGACCUGCACGUGAUCUAUGAUGUUUCUCACAACAUCGCCAAAGUGGAGCAGCAUGUAGUGGACGGGAAGGAGCGGACACUGUUAGUACACAGGAAGGGAUCCACGCGCGCUUUCCCUCCUCACCAUCCGCUCAUUGCUGUUGAUUACCAACUCACUGGACAACCAGUGCUCAUUGGUGGCACCAUGGGAACCUGUAGUUAUGUUCUUACUGGCACUGAACAGGGCAUGACUGAGACCUUUGGAACAACCUGUCAUGGAGCGGGCCGUGCAUUGUCCCGAGCAAAAUCUCGACGUAAUUUAGAUUUCCAGGAUGUUUUAGACAAAUUGGCAGAUACGGGAAUUGCAAUCCGUGUUGCCUCACCCAAACUGGUUAUGGAAGAGGUAAGUGAAAUUCUGAUAAAUACAUGAAUAUUUAUUGUUCCCCAUUUGUAAUUUAUGUCAGUCUACAGAGAUAGCAAU